UACUGCCAAGAGCAGUUAAAUUUUGCUGUUAGACGGCUUGAGGAGGGAGGGAGAGAAGAGCGCGGGGAGCUGGGCCGCGCCCUCUGAGCCGGAUAAAUAUCAAGGCUUUUUGGUACAAGAAGGAAAUUUUGAACAAGCAGAAAAACUUGAAGCUGAUGGACGCUGUAUGGGCCAGAGGCAGGGAUGGUGGGCUAUGACCCCAGAGCAGAUGGCAGGAAUAUCUCCAAUUUUGAGGUGGCGGUGGCUGGGUCUGUGUCUGGACUUGUCACACGGGCGCUGAUCAGCCCCUUGGACGUCAUCAAGAUCCGUUUCCAGCUUCAGAUUGAGCGUCUGUCUCGCAGUGACCCCAGUGCAAAAUACUACGGGAUCCUACAGGCGGGGAGACAGAUCUUGCAAGAGGAGGGCCCAACAGCCUUCUGGAAAGGACACAUCCCAGCCCAGCUUCUCUCCAUAGGCUAUGGAGCUGUCCAAUUUUUGUCCUUUGAACUGCUGACCGAGCUGGUGCACAGGGCCAGCGUGCGCGAUGCCCGCGACUUCUCCGUGCACUUCGUGUGUGGUGGCCUGUCCGCCUGCGUGGCCACCCUCACUGUGCAUCCUGUGGACGUUCUGCGCACCCGCUUCGCAGCUCAGGGUGAGCCCAGGGUCUAUAAAACCCUGCGAGACGCCGUGAUGACCAUGUACAGGACCGAAGGCCCCUUAGUCUUCUACAAAGGCUUGAACCCCACCUUGAUCGCCAUCUUCCCCUACGCCGGCUUCCAGUUCUCCUUCUACAGCUCCUUGAAGCACGCGUAUGAGUGGGCCGUGCCAAGUGAAGGAAAGAAAAAUGGGAACUUCAAAAACCUGCUCUGUGGUAGCGGAGCUGGAGUCAUCAGCAAGACCCUUACGUACCCCCUGGACCUCUUCAAGAAACGGCUGCAGGUCGGAGGGUUUGAGCAGGCCCGAGCCUCCUUUGGCCAGGUUCGAAGGUACAAGGGCCUCCUGGACUGUGCCCAGCAGGUGCUACGAGAGGAGGGUGCGCAGGGCUUCUUCAAAGGCUUGUCCCCCAGCCUGCUGAAGGCUGCCCUCUCCACUGGCUUCGUGUUCUUCUGGUAUGAGCUCUUCUGCAACCUCUUCCACCACAUGAAGAAGGCAGACAGCUAGCCCUGAGGGCAGGAGGGGUGGCCUGAGGUCUGUCACUCCUGAAGGAAGACUUGAUCUAUAGCCUUGUGUUGCACUGAGAGGUCCUGCCUGGUCCCUCCCCCCAGGCCAGCUGUCCUGAGCAUGAAAGCUGUCAGGAGCAGGGCAGCAGCCUUGAUUCCACCAGCUUGGACACCACUAAAGGAGCAAAGGGGUUUCUCCACGUGAGAGUACGGGGAGCAUGCAGGACUUGGUCUGCGGGGGCCCAGCCCCACCACUCAGAAGGAGCUGGAUGCUUCUCCUCUGGCGAACUAUCUAGGGGCAACAGCCACCCUCUUGCAUGUCUUAGGCCCGUCUGCACAGAGAACGCUCCUGGCUCUGGGGUCGGGGGUGGAGGGUGGGCUGCAGCUUGAGUGUGAGGCUGGAAUCGGGCCCUUUAUGGGGGUCUGGUCCCCACACUUGGGCUCUUCAUAACUCCCACCAACUUACUUAAUAGACAUUAAAGCUAAAAGCACAUUCCUUAUCCUACUCCUCCAUCUUCCCUUCCAAACCACAUCCCUCCUCACAAAGUAGGAGGGAAGGGAUCCCUGCCUUCUUAAAUUCUACUUCCCUCAUGCAGCUUUGCUUCUAGUUCUGGGGGAAGAAUUCCACUGAAUUGGUCAGUCUGUAAACUCUGCCAGGCUCAGAUCUUCUUGUCUAUGAAGGCACCAUGCUGGCUGGCCUCUCCCUGGGUGGGACUGGUCCCAGCCCGUGGGCCUCUAGGGAAAGCAGAAACCAGAAGCCCCCACAGCCAGUAGGAGGAGGGGUAGGUAGAGGCAGCAGCCCUUCUCCCCGGUCUACCUGGAAUCACACCUCUUUCACUGGGGGCUGGUUUAGCCCUCCUGAGUGGUUGGGAGCGAACAGGCUGGGCCAGUGGACAUCAACUGCCCACUCAGGGGGCUCCUCCUGGGUCCAGCAUGGUGUUGUGCACAUUCUCUAUAAUUUGAGAAGGGCCACGGCUCCAAAGUAGCCCAGCAAAGACAGGCAGCCUGGUGAGGGCACAGUUGGCGCCCCGGGAACUUGUCAGGGCACAGGAACCCACAACAGACACCCAUCUAGGCACAGUUAGGGGUUUGAGAGAAGAAAAUUCACAGAACACAACCAAUACUUUCCAUCCAAGUCUUCCCAUCCCCAGAGCAGGGGUCUGGCCUGAGGGGUUGGCUUGGCAGGGGGAGCCAGGAUGGAGGAGGAGCAGGCCUCACCUCUAGCUCCAGCCUUUGCACUGACUUUCCAGGAAGGCACCAGCAGGGAGCAGACCUUGGGUGUGUGUCCUGGCUCUCAGUCUCCUUGGAGCCUGGGCCCCUUUCCACCACUACUGUUUUGCCUCUAGUCAAGGGCUCUUUGAUGUGGCUGGGACCUGGAAUCCUGGAGCUUUCCUGCUCUUGGCUGCUGAUUUUGUGGGUCUAGUUGUAGCUGGAGGGCUUGGACACCCACAGGGUUUUUGGCAGUCAAGGCUUGGGGCUGCAAGGAGGCAGCUGCCUGAAUGUAUUUUUUAUGAAACUCCAUUGAAGUAAACUCUAUUCUCUUCA